AGCAAGUCAGAUAAUUUCUCACCAUGACUCACAUCUGAAUGUUUUUUUAUGAAUCUUGAGUAAAAGAAGAGAAAAAAACAGAAUAAAUCCUUUGCAGUAUAUGCAAACAGACAUAAAAUGUGAAAUAAAGGGAUAUUAUAAAGGGGGCAGAGGAGAAAAAGUGAAGGAUCCCUCUCAAGCUGUGUAGGGCUUGGUAAUUUUGGUAACCCAUGUGGGCGGGGAAAUGAAUCGGGCUACAGGCAUAUUUAGCUUGUCAGUUUUCAGUUGCUCAGACUUGCAAAAGGGUUUUCCUUAACCUGCAAGUUGUCUGUUUCCUUUUUGCAUGCUUGAGUUAUUUCUCUUGUACGUAUUAAAGGGGAAAAAAGCCAUAUAGACAAGAGACACCCCUGCAGCAGUACCAGUGGAAAAAAAAAUUCUAGAAUUCACAAGAAACCAAGGUGGAAUUUUUAAAAGUGCUCCAGUGGAUUUUAAAAAAAAACCCCUGAAAUAUGAUCGGUUUACUGCUCCUAUGGAUAUGCACAUUAAUUGUGAACUCCCUGACUCGAUGUUUCCCAAGAACUCCAGCUUGCUGCACUAAUUACUGGAACCUGCAAUUUUGGUAUGAUGGACUAAUAUGGACCCACAUUAGUGUGCAAUGAUGAUGCAUGCAGCGUUAACAACAGUAUUAGCAUGUGAUUCGCUGAACACAAAUUCCCACUGAAGACACCAUGGAAGUAAUACAUCCAAAAGAUCCUGCUGUAAUAAUCCCACAAGACCCAACUAUAACAAUAGGAACAUCACUAACUGCUUCUUGCUCAGUGGACCCAGAUUUAAACCUGAAAGUUGAGGACCUGUCCUGGACCCUAAAUGGGAGAAGGCUCCCAGCAGAGCUGUAUAAGAUACUCAACAACACAUCUUUAAGUGUGGUCUUGAACAACCUGAAUGGAUCCAAGCAGCAGUCAGGAGAUAACCUGGUGUGUCACGGCAAAGACGGGAGAAUCCUGGCGGGCUCAUGUCUUUAUGUUGGAUUGCCCCCUGAAAAGCCAACCAAUAUAACUUGCUGGUCGAAGAAUAUGAAAGAUCUGACCUGCAAAUGGCUUCCGGGAAGUGAAGGGGAGACAUAUCUGCAUACAAAUUACACACUGAAAUACAAACUGAGGUGGUACGGCAGAGAUAAUACAUGUUUAGAAUAUCACACCAUGGGGCCUUACUCCUGCCAUAUCCCAAAGGAUCUUGCUCUCUUCACACCCUACGAAAUUUGGGUGGAAGCUUCAAACAGACUUGGAUCCACCACCUCUGACAUAAUAACCUUGGACAUUCUUGAUGUGGUGACCACAGACCCACCAUCAGAUGUCCAUGUGAGUCGAGUUGGUGACUUGGAGGAUCAGCUAAGUGUGCGCUGGAGUUCUCCACCUGCCUUGAAGGAUUUUCUCUUUCAAGACAAAUAUCAGAUCCGCUACAGAGUUGAAGAUAGUACAGAAUGGAAGGUGGUUGAUGAUGUGGGUAACCAGACAUCCUGCAGACUAGCUGGGCUGCAGCCAGGAACGGUGUAUUUUGUUCAGGUCCGAUGCAAUCCAUUUGGAAUUUAUGGCUCUAAAAAGGCUGGCAUCUGGAGUGACUGGAGCAAUCCCACUGCUGCCUCCACUCCUAGAAGUGAAAGAAUAACUGGUGUAUGUGAGCCAAAAAGUGGGGAGCAGAAUUCCACACUGCGACGAGAGCUAAAGCAGUUCUUUGGAUGGGUCAAAAAACAUGCAUAUGGUUGUUCCAACCUCAGUAUCAAACUGUAUGACCAGUGGAGGGUGUGGCUGCAGAAAUCACACAAAACACGGAACCAGCCGAGAAAGAGAACACAAAAGAGACGAAGCUGAAAGCUUAACGCAAGAUGGCAGCCAAAAACGAGCACCGCCCUGGAGAAGACGUUUAACUACAUCUUUGGCAACCAGGCGAGGACCUUUGUUUGACAAAGACAGGCGAGCAAAAACGAAGUCACGCAUUUUGGCAUAAAUGUAAAUAACAUUAAGCUCCUGAAUUCAUGGAUUGAAGGUGACCAAAUAAGCUUGUGGAAGACUUUUUUUUAAUAUGGUUAUUUUUCAGUGCUUCAUUUGAAGUCUUUAAAUUGUAUUUUUUUAUUUAAAUUUGUAAAUGUAGAACAAUUUUGUAAUGCCUGCAGAUGUACUUUCUAUGUUCUUGUAAGUCUAGAAUCUGAAUGUUCUUUGUAAAGCCUUCUUCGAGUCUCCAUUUUUAUAAUUCAAUGUCUUAAUGUCUUUUUUAAUGUUUACUUCCUCUUGCAAAACAAUAUUGUUUUAAAAAAAUACAAGACAUUUGUCCUAGAAAAGAAGCAGUUUCUGAGGCUGUGCUCUCUCUUUGCUAACACAAAGAAAGAAAGGAUUAACAUUCCAUUGGUUAAAUAUUUGUUACUUACUUGGGUCGUUGAGGAGAAACUCUUCAGGAUCACAGUAUUUUUUUUAAUCUUGAUCUGUUUUUACUGGGCUAAGCAUAUUCACUUAAAAGGGUUGUUCACCUUUGAGAUAACUUUUAGUAUGAUGUAGAAGGUGAUAUUCUGAGACAAUAU